GACGCAAGCUGGGACACCUGAGGGUGCUGCACACCGGGCGUCGGGGUCUUCAGGGCGUGCGCGGGGGACAGCGCAGCCAUGCGGGCGGCGGUGGGCGCACGGGCGGCCGCGCUGGCGCUGCUGCUGGGUGCGCUGGCGAGAGGCGAGGAGUACGACUACUACAGCUGGCAGGCCGAGCCGUUGCAUGGCCGCUCCUACUCCAAGCCGCCGCAGUGCCUCGACAUCCCCGCUGACCUGCCGCUCUGCCACACUGUGGGCUACAAGCGUAUGCGACUGCCCAACUUGCUGGAGCACGAAAGCCUGGCUGAAGUGAAGCAGCAGGCAAGCAGCUGGUUGCCACUGCUGGCCAAGCGCUGCCACUCGGACACGCAGGUCUUCCUGUGCUCGCUCUUCGCUCCUGUCUGCCUCGACCGGCCCAUCUACCCGUGCCGCUCGCUGUGUGAGGCUGUGCGCGCCGGCUGCGCGCCGCUCAUGGAGGCUUACGGCUUCCCCUGGCCCGAGAUGCUGCAUUGUCACAAGUUCCCCUUGGACAACGACCUCUGCAUCGCCGUGCAGUUCGGGCACCUGCCCGCCACCGCGCCUCCAGUGACCAAGAUCUGCGCCCAGUGUGAAAUGGAGCACAGCGCUGACGGCCUCAUGGAGCAGAUGUGCUCCAGUGACUUCGUGGUCAAAAUGCGCAUCAAGGAAGUCAAGGUGGAGAACGGUGACCGCAAAUUGAUUGGCGCGCAGAAAAAGAAGAAGCUGCUGAAGCCAGGCCCCCUGAAACGUAAGGACACCAAGAGGCUGGUGUUGCACAUGAAGAAUGGGGCAGGCUGCCCCUGCCCGCAGCUGGACAGCCUAACAGGCAGCUUCCUGGUCAUGGGCCGCAAGGUGGACGGCCAGCUGCUGCUCAUGGCUGUCUACCGCUGGGACAAGAAGAAUAAGGAGAUGAAGUUCGCAGUCAAAUUCAUGUUCUCCUACCCCUGCUCCCUCUACUACCCCUUCUUCUAUGGGGCUGCAGAACCCCACUGA